AUGGCUAUCUUUUCACCGAGCAAGCUCUCUCUUUUGUUGAUUUUCCUUGUAAUGGCGGUUCCACGUUCAAAAGCGGCGUUGGAUGCAUAUUACGAUCGAACAUGUCCCCAAGCUGAGAAAAUCAUACAAGACACCGUACGGAACGCUUCCAUGUUCGAUACUAAAGUCCCUGCUCGAAUUCUCAGGAUGUUCUUCCAUGACUGUUUCAUAAGGGGAUGCGAUGCAUCGGUGUUGCUAGACUCUACUCCACAAAACCAAGCCGAGAAAGACGGCCCUCCCAAUAUCUCUCUCCGAGCAUUCUACGUUAUCGACGAUGCGAAGACCAAGCUCGAGUCAACGUGUCCGGCGACGGUUUCCUGCGCCGAUAUAAUCACCGUAGCAGCAAGAGAUGUAGUGGCAAUGUCUGGAGGGCCUUACUGGAAUGUACUUAAAGGAAGGAAAGAUGGAAGAGUUUCCAAAGCUUCCGAAACUAUAAACUUACCGGCACCAACUUUCAAUGUUUCAACACUCAUUCAAAGCUUUUCCAAGAGAGGUUUAGGGGUUAAAGAUCUGGUGGCUCUAUCCGGUGGUCACACCCUCGGAUUCUCACACUGCUCUUCGUUCGAAGCUCGGCUUCAUUUCAGCUCGGCUCACGACGUCGAUCCCAGUAUGGACCCUGUAUUUGCAAAAACUCUGAGGAAGCAAUGCCCGAAGCCGAAUACGGAUCGAAAUGCAGGACAGUUCCUGGACUCUACGGCAUCAACUUUUGAUAAUAACUACUACAAACAAGUAGUGGCAAGGAAAGGUGUGUUCGGGUCUGAUCAAGCACUGUUCAGUGACUACAGGACUAGAUGGUUUGUUGAAUCGUUUGCCAAUGAUCAAAGCUUGUUCUUCCGUGAAUUUGCUGCAUCAAUGGUGAAACUUGGAAAUGUAGGGGUGAUGGAAGAUGGAGAAGUGAGGUUGAAUUGCCGAGUGGUGAAUUGAGGCUCAGAGAUCAAGCGGCAAUAAGACAUUUUU